AUGGUGCAAACAUUGGGACAUUUCUCGCCCGCGGCCCCGUAUGGCCCUGAUGGGGCAUAUUGGGGGCUUGCCCAAGUGCGAGGCUCGACCAACAACAGUGGCAAGGGGAAUGCUGAUGGUGCCUGA